GAAAAAUUUUCCAUGGCAUUGAUUGGGACUGUAUUUCUUAAAUUUUUUAAUUUACCUCAAUGACUUGCAAUACUUUGAUAGGCUCGAAAAGUGCUUCGCAUUUGAGGAAAAGGUACUGAUUAAACGAUGACACCUGAGCAAAGGAAAGCUGAAAGGAAGCCCGCCCCACUGUCGCCUCCACCUAUUAUAGAUAUUUCUGAUGAUGAGUUGGUAUCCAUAUCUGUCAGAGAUUUAAAUAGGCAGUUAAAAUUGAGAGGCCUCACGCGGGAGGAAAUUGUUCGCAUGAAGCAGAGACGACGAACAUUAAAAAACAGAGGUUAUGCGGCAUCCUGUAGGAUAAAGCGUAUAGAACAAAAGGACGAAUUAGAAGUAGAAAAAACUCAAGAAUGGCGUGACAUGGAAAUUAUGCAGGAAGAGCUAGGCAAAAUGAGAGAGGAAAUGAUCAAUAUUGGAAAUCGAUAUGAUGCAUUAAAACAAUUUGCCAAGAAUAAUAAGAUCGCUAUUCCUCCAGAAUUAGAACACCUUUGAUUUCAA